GCCUGCUUCGCUCAUACGCCCUGGCGAGGCCAACGAUUAGACUCACACUCAAAGUUCUUAGCAAGCCCGCAAUGAACUGGAACUACUCACCUCGACGAGACGCUUCCAUUGGCGAAGCCAUUCUUCAAGUCCUUGGAAAAGAUGUGGCAGCUCGUUGUUUCGAAAAGAAGGCCAGCUUUCCUGCAUUCGCUGAAGACCGACCUGACGUGUCUGGAUUAUCGUUCAUGUUUGAAGCGUUCAUUUAGAAAGUGGACGCCGAAUUCAUACGUCUUCCCACACAGCGCUAUUUUUCCGUCGACGGUAGACCUGUUACUAGCACAAGAGGAACGACACAGAAGUUGAUGGCGGUCUACACCAAGUUUCUAAGCAACGCGCUGCUCCCACAGCCUGAUGCAAAGGCCAUGCGUGAUGCCUUCAUUCGACUCAACGUCAAGUGCCCUGAAGGAACCUAUGAUAUCAACAUUGAACCAUUGAAGGACGACGUACUGUUUGAGAGUGAACAGGCAAUUUUAAGCGGUUUCGCAGCAUUGUGUGAAGAUGCGUACGGGCCGCUUCGUCCAAACAGCAAGCAAGCUGCUCCGGAAAGUCGGGCCUCAAUGAAGCCUUUGCCUGCUCUCCAUGAAACCGGUCACACCACACACAAUAACAUACACAACGAAACCCUCAUUGCUUCGGAGAGUGAUCAGGCAACGAUUGAAAGGCAGAUUGACAUUGACAUGGACUCAAAUUCGUGCAAGCGACAUGAUAUCGUGAGAGAGGAUCAGGGGCAGCAGGAUUUACUGGAUGAGGUGCGGCCGGCGCAGUCCAGCUCACUGCAUGGAAGGGCUUCUACACCUUUCCCAUCCGCUUGGACUGCUAUAAAUACCCCGGUGCUAGCUAAAAAGCAAUCGAAUCCACCUGGUCUUCAACGGGAAGAUCACAAUCUUGAGAAAGAACAAUCAUUGGUUGUGCCUGCGUUCAUUAGUGAUAGGUCAGCCGAUUUGACUGAGCAGGCUUUCGAUCCCGAAUGGAGACAAAAGCGCGAUACGAAGAACCAGUGCAAGGCUCAGGCUGUCUGGUCGACACCGGAACAUGAGAGCUCUCCAGGCCAGUCAACGAAUCUGCGAUCUACGGUAAACCCGCGCCUUCAAGAUACUGCUGUCAACAAUCGCGCCGGUACUCAUCAUCUACAGCUCACUUCACAAAGGGAGCUACGUACCAUAUCUAUGACACCUGAACCGGAAAUUCUGCGACACCGUGGCGCACCACCGCGAGAUCUUGACGUCCCACCGAGUAUGCGUUACUCGUAUCAUCAGGGUAGUGAGCGUCACAUGCCGAAUACUGUUCCUGGUGGAGUAUACCAAAUGACGCCGCCGUCAUCAAUUCAGAAAGACCGAGAGCCAUGGCACAACCGUAACACCUCCAGGAGCCAACCAUCAGCAACAGGUCUAAAACAGACUACAAUCUCGUUUGGCGGGCCCUGGCAACGACCAAAACACCAAAUCGACCACAAGCAAGCAGAUACCACCGAGGGGCAGGAUUCUCUCGUAGAUGCUGCAAAUCUGCAAAUACCGUGCGACCGUGGAAGUGAGAACACCGCAAUAGAAAAAAGCUUGGCUCCAGAAGGGUCUUCAAUUCAAAUGAACAGCAAUGCGGAAUCUAAAAUCAUUCAGUCUGAAGCUCGAUAUCAGCAAAUUUCGCGAGACGGGAAGGCAUUUUCGAAACUGCGUUCUACGGACAGUCGAUCAACCGAAAUCUUCCUCAUGGAUAAGACACCGAUCAUGACGGCGCUUCCAACAGGAGACCCCAGGGCAUAUCUGCUGAGGCGACAGAAAUCCAUGGCAGCUGACGAGCGCAUGGGCCGGCCAAAGAAAUUUCGAAGAGUGAAGAGUGUGUUAUUGCCUUUCGAAAACGUCAUCAACGACAACCAGACUCGUGAGAUAACACUACCGAUACAAAUUGACUUACAAGGCCUUCCAGACACCUUGGUUAGCUUUAAGAAAUAUGACAAGUAUAUUCUAGAGGGUGAUGUUGAAGAAGCUCUCGACAUGAAUCUUUGCGAAAGUUGUCGAAUCGAAGAACGACUGAAUGCUCUUCUCUCCAAUUGGAGCGAACGUCUAGGUGAAAGAAUUGUAGUGGAGUCAAAUCUAACGUCGGUAAUCAAGGGAAAGGGGGUAGACGUCUGAAUUUGAAUUUUGGUCGCUCGCAAGUCUCUACUCGAUCAGGUCAGCCACGAAGCUGCAUUGGUUCAUAAUAGAAUGGCAGAUCGCUAACAUGUGGUUGCGUCAUGGCGUGCAGUUUUGUUAGAUCUCACGGUUAUUCGGCAUCAUGGAACUACAGUGCUGCUCAUGGCCGACAUAGAGGAAAACAAUGGCUCAAGGGUAAAGGCAUGGCUGCAAAAGAAUUAGCUUCUAUAACACCUAUCAUCUGGCUCCUGCUUUCUACCACUAUCAAUUAAAUCAUUCAUGAACGUCAA